AUGGUGGAUUAUUAUGCAGUCCUUGGACUAAACAGAAGUGCCUCGCAGGAUGAUAUUAAGAAAUCCUACCACCAACUAGCACUAAAAUGGCAUCCUGACAAGAAUCCUAACAACAAGGUGAACGCUGAAAAGAAAUUCAAAGAAGUUGCUGAGGCAUACAGGAUUUUGUCUGACCCUCAGAAACGGUUGGACUAUGACAGGUCUGUUCAGGAGAGCCUUGAUUCCUUCUGUGUAUUCUAUGAAGACUUUGGCGGGAUGGUCCUUCGUGUGCAUCUUUUCUUUGACCACCUUGCCAACAUGAAAAACCUGUCCUGGAGAAGUGAAAGAAGCUCCCAGCUGCCUCCUGACUUUAUGGAGCCAUUCACACCAUGGAAUUCGUUCCACCCCAGCGAGCAGUUCAUCCCUUCCUUUGUUGAAGAUACAGCUGGGCCAUACAAUGUCAGAUCAGUGUCAACCUCUACUGAAGAGAUCACCAUCCAGAAAAUUAUUGAGAAUGGGCAGGAGAGAGUGGAAUUAGAAGCUGGCCAGCUGAGGUCUGCAAAAAUAAAUGGCAGAGACCACCUGAAAUGA